GAAUAUACAUUUUUUUCUCGUAUCCCAAAAACCUAUAUAUAUAUAGCUCAAAGACUGAAAGAGUGAGAGAGAGGGAAAGGAAAGGAAACAAGAAGGUUUGUUCCUUCGUCUUGCAUGCGACUGUGAAACAAAGAAAGAAAGCUCUGACAAGUUUCGACAAAAAUGGCGCCGAAAGAGGAAGACGGCAACGUAAACGCCGAUGGUAAUCUGGCGGAAGCGGGAGAGAUGGAUGAGCUGUUGCAGGAAAUAUCGGACGUUCUUCGUUCUCAAGUUGAUAUUGCUUCGUUACCUCCUGUUCAUGAAGAUGAGAGCCCCCUAGGCGAGAAGAAAGAGACCACGGACACGUCAUCUUCUUGCUCUCAAGGAGUUGAUAGAAGCAUCCAGAAUAUUAGUAGUGAUCAAGAGACGAGUAAUGAGCAAGGAACCAGUACUAAUCAACUAUUCGCUGUUUCAUCUACUACUAGUAAUGUGCCUGUAACCUCGGUUGAAGCAACAUUUCAGCCAUCUUCUAGUGACAUAACAAAUGUUGAAACCAAGAGUGUGCCAGUAAAUUCAGGUGAAUACGAGAUGUUUUGCCGUUUUGGGGCGCCAACAAUGGAUGAUGCUUUGAAGAGGAGAUAUAAUUUAGUUAUCAACGAGAGUGUAACUAAAGCUCCUGUCGAGAAUGACCGUCCCUUGCCUGAUGAUGAAGACGUUACUAAUUCAAUUGAUUACACAUCUAGUGACUAUGAUGAAACAAGAGAUCGACUUAAAAUGCCUCUCUCUCUACUCCCUAUAGAGAAUGUUGACGACUCAAAAGAGCUGAGCAAAAUAGAUCCCUCCUCCUCAGACCAUCUUGAAGCAGAACAUGUGCAGUCUGGAACUCAUGAGUCGGUGAAUCAGCCAAUGCCUACAAGACAAAGCAUUACUACUACUGCAUCUUCACCUUCUCGUAGCCUAUCGGUUCCCAUGACCAAGGCAUUGAUAACAUCCACUGACUUUGUACCAAAGAGGAACCAACAAGCCAUGAACCUACCACAGACACAGAGGAACCUACCGCAGACACAGAGGAACCAACAAGCCAUGAACCUACCACAGACACAGAGACCUCCUUCAGGGCAGUAUGGUAAUAUCACGAGACCUCCUUACUUGCCACCAUCAGCAGUACUACCAUUACAGCAACAUGGUGGUAGUACUACUAGUAACAUGGCGCAUUAUGUUACUAUGGUGACAUCUCCUUACUGGCGACCAGAACAGAACGCCAUCUACAACAUGCCUCCUCAGUCAGCAGCAGCAUUUCAGCAACAUGGUCGUAGUAACAUGAUGACAUUUCCUUACUGGCGGCCAGAACAGCACGGCAGCUACAACAUGCCUCAGUACUCAGCUGCCUCUAUGGUUCCUUCUGCUUACGGUUCUGCUAACACCUUUGGCACGUGGAGUGAUAAUAACCCAGCAAACUCGAGGUUUGGCUAUGAAGGUGGUGUCUCAAGCAACUACUUGCCAUCGAUUCAGCCGCAUCAGAGUGGAGACUUCAAUGCGUGGCGACCUAGUUCCAGCCACAGCCCACAAGAACAGCAAAUUUGGAAUGAUGUCUAUGCAUCUAUGGACCAACAAAACGAUGGGAGUGAUCCAUCUGACGAAACCCAACCAACAAAACGAUAGGAGUGAUCCAUCUGACGAAACCCAACAACGGUCACGGCCAAGAGACAACUAGAGUAAUCAAAAAUCAACCAUAUCAGAACUGAUGACUUUCUUUAGAUGGCUUUAAGCUACUUUGUUUGUGCCUUCGAAAAUACUCUGAUAACGU